AGGGCGUCUCCACCGCCUAUAAAACGCGCGUCCUCCUUCCCUGGGGACCUUGUGCACGGUCAGGGACACGCACACAAACACACCAUGGCCGGGAGAACGGGACCAUCGCUGCUGGCAUUGCUCGUGGUAGUGCUCUUAGUGGCGCCAAGCUCCGAGAAGAAGCUGCUCAAGCUGGCGCUACUGAUGUCCGGAGGCACCACCUUCAUCCCCAUACCAGUGCCGCUCAACAAGAAGGUGCAGCACACCAAGUUUGUGCCCUACAACAUGCCGUACCCAGUGCCCGUGCCGGUCCACACGCACGAGCACGUGAGCCACGGCGGCAAACACGCGCAUGUCAACUAUGAGCCCAAGCACGACCACUCCAGGAGCAAAGUAGUGGUCAUAGACGGCGACCGCCACGGUGGAGGGCACUACGGUGGGGGCCACUACGGUGGGGGGCACUACGACGACGGCUACUGGUGACCGCAUUGACGAACCCUCUCCGAGAGCCCCCAAUGAAACAUAUCCGGGUUGUGAAGCUUCAGCCCGACCUCGUCGCCAUGUGUCUAAGAGCCACUGCGUCGAAGCGUACGAGAGCGUCAACACCUGUCAUUUUUUUUCGAACUCGAAUGAAUUUCAGGCGCCGUAUCAAACUCGCAGAGAGGCGAGGAUACUCAAGAAACGGCUAUCGAAACGGGUAUUUUAUGGUAUUUCACUGUAACAGGGUAUAUUGAAAGCGUGGAGAGAGAUGAAAUCUACGACUACAAUAGUAUGUUACGUGCGUCCCUUAAAUGUUGUGCCGGCGACAACAUUGUGAUAAAGAGCGAAAAGAACCCAAUUUGCAUAUUCUGAUGGCUUAUGUCUUAGUGGGUGGAUCAGUUAGAUCCUCCGCCCAACCCCCCCCCGGCCCCCUUUGUUUUUGUUUUACUGAGACGAAAAGGAACAGGGGAAUCGUUGUCGAUGCUACUGCAGACAACCACACUUUUGCACUUAGAAUUAUCGCACACGAAAUUGUCGCCAAGAUGAUGAGAUUGUGGUCCACCUCUAAAACGUCUGUUGUUGUAAUCGUACUCAUCAAUGUACAUUCACUUGUUCUUUGUGGACAUCUCUACCAUGUACUGUGAGAUGCUGAUAUGAUAAAUUGUAUGAUUCCUGAUCCUUUAGUAGACAGCCUUUGAAUGGAAAUCUGAGGUAUCGCUGCGCGGCCAAAAGCUAUCCACUAUAGAGGGUCCCGAAAGAAUCGAGAACCAAUAUCGCGUCAGUGACUGAUUUAUUUGGUUAUAUUGAAGAUGUUGGUGACUUUUGUCGCCGGCUUUUCCAGAAUAUUGUGAUUUCCUUGCGCCAAGGAGGUUUCAAUAUAAUUUCCUUGGCUUGUGCAAACGACGCCCAUGUGGAUCAUGUGUAUGAGUUGGCUGCAGAGACAGGUGGACAGAAAUUGUACAAAUGCGUCUUCGAAUGUUAGCAUGUUCCAUUCCAGCAAUUUUACUUCUCCUUCGCGAUUACCUUAUGUGGGGAACUGUCUUUGUUUGGAAACUGUAAAUAAAUAUUCAUGAAUGGUGUUGCUUUCCUUG